CCAAGCGAUGGGGGGGUUUUUUUUUUUUUUUGUUUUGUUUUGUUUUGUAUGCUUCGUGCUUCUGAGCCAAGCGAGACUUGAGUGUUUCCCACCAGUUCUUUUCACGGGCUACGACGGUUACGGACAUGUUUUCUUUUCUUUGCGUGGAAAAAACGGACCCAAGGAUUUGGGGAAACAGGAGGUUAUAUUGUUUUGGAACGGAAAGCGACCCUGGGGCUCAUUUUGCCAUGGGAGGCUCGAACAAGAAGAAUUAUGCUAGAAAAACAACCGCAAGAAUUAUUCUGGGAGCACCAGAAGAAGCUCCCCCUCUCUGAUACAGCAUUUUCCGUCCUUUU